CGCGCCUCGCGCUCGAUCACCGCUUUUAUCGUCUGUGAUAUUACGUUUUUAUUGGCCAAAAAGGGCAAGAGUGCCGAAAAGCAUACAAAAGCCGCUUAGGUUCAAAAAUAAAUAUACUUGUAAACAUAUAUAUUCGAUCUUGGGCAAGCGAACUUGAGCUGGGAUUUAGGAAACGCAAUGAAAACGAUAAACCACACAGUCGCUUUGCUACUGCUGGCAGCCUAUCUUCCUUGCAUAUCCUGGGCAGCUCCUGCCCUCCACUUCAGAGAUCCGGAGCCGGAUGAACUGGAGGCCUAUCCCACGUCGCCCAGCCAGGUGUUGCCCAUACAACCUGUGCUGAUCUAUCCAAAACCACGUGAGAAUCUCUACCAGGCGCGAACAAUGGCAGGACGAAAUGACGAACAGGACAUCAUCUUCGUUAAACUGCUGGAGGACAAGUCCAGUGGCUAUCGACCCAAGCAGCAGCGCCUUGUCCUGGAGGAGACGAAACCCUCGCAGCGGAAGAACCUCGGCCUGAAGGACAUCUUCUAUGUGAAGGCCCUCACCAACGGACGUUUCAGCCACGAACGCCUGAAGGUCUACCGAGUGCCCGAGUUCUACGCCAUCAGUGUGUUCAGCAACGGAGACAAAUGAGGGAGGACACCAAGUGUUAACGAUAAAAAGGAGUAAUAUAAGUUAUUUUUAAGACGCUAUAAAUAAAUACCUCAGGAGUGCCGAA